AUGGCGACUUCGGCCUGCGCUGCAAGUGUCUCGGCCAUCUUGCGCUUCUUUUACAAGGGCCACGAAUUUGUACCAGCUGCAAUAAAGGCCUUUAAUGCCAAGGGGGGAACUGAAUGUGAGCCGCCAGAGAGCCAGCUAGAACAAGUGCCAGAGUUGGCUGCUUUAUCCAAAGCAACAGUAGAAGGGGAAGAUGACCAACUUCCUGGGUCAGCACAUUCCUACAUCCUUUACGUUGGGAACUUGAACCCCAAAUACUCAGGAGAAGUUAUCUGCAGCAUGAUGAAGGACUUCUUAGGCCUGGCCAGCAUCACCCUCCAGAGGCACAACAUCGAAGUGAUUCGGAAACGCAGGCAGGCCUACGCCUUUGUGCAGGUAGCAACCGAAGUGAGCUUGGAGCGUGUCCUAAAACAGUUGCUGCUCGCGUCGGAAUCUGAGCACCACCUAGUCAAGGAGCUGGUGAAGAAUGGCAAAAAUCUGGUUGUGGGGCAGGGCAAGAAGUGUGGAUUUGAAGCUGACAAUAGCAGAGAGACUGACUCUAGAGGGAGCAGCUCAGAAUCUCGUCUGGGAGGGUUGCAGGCACCUGAGAGGCGGAAGAAACAACCAUCCAAGGAAACCCAGACUAACACUAGCAGAAAGUUUGCCCAACACACUUGGAGACUGACAAGCCGGCCGUCAGCUUUUCUGAGCAGCACUCGUUCAGACAGUGCCAUUGUCCAGCAAGAGAUUGUCGGCAAGGAGUGCCUGUUCUAUGGUGCCUUCAUGGGUAACGAGACACGGAACACGGAAUUCAAACGCGGUGGUGGGGAUUAUUUGACAGUCACUCUGAAGCAUCAUGUGCGGAAAUAUGCAUGCGCAUUCCUCAACAGCGAAGGGGGGAGCCUUCUCGUGGGGGUAGAAGACAACGGCCUCGUGCUGGGAGUCCGCUGUGACCACAAAGAUGAAGACAGGGCCCGCCUCCUCAUCGACUCUGUUCUGAAGGGUUUCAAGCCACAGGUUUUCCCAGCGGCCUAUACGCUGAGUUUCAUCCCUGUUAUCAAAGCUGAAGACACCGGCAUUUUCCUAAAAGUUAUCCGGUUAACUGUGCAUCCUCCCAAACAGCAUGCAGAACCUCUUCUUUACGAAACAGACCAAGGGGAAGUGUACAUCCGGCGAGACGGUAGCAUUCAAGGGCCUCUCUCGGGGAGCGCCAUUCAAGAGUGGUGUCGACAGAAAUGGACAGAGGAGAUCAAGAAGCUAGAGGAGAAAAUAGAGAAUUUGUUGAAGGAGAAGGAGCUGCAGCAGCAAAGGCAACAGAACACCAGUCCACGAUGCUGUGCCCUCAUGUAACCACAGA